AUGGAACUGCUUCCACACGAUGCCGUAGAGAGAAUUCUAGAGAGAGUUCCGGUGAAGUCUCUGCUCAGAUUCAAAUCUGUUUCCAAACAGUGGAAAUUCACAAUAGAGUCUCAAUAUUUCCAGAAGAAACAGUUGACCUUUGGCUCGAAACCAGUAGGAGAUGAUGAUGAUAUAUAUGUUCUUUUUGUGUCCACUAAGCUGAAGACAGUGGUAUUCUGCCAUACUAGCUGCGACGGUCUUGUUUGCCUCGAUUCAUACCUCAAAAUCAAAUCAACAAAUCUUGUGUUCAAUCCCACGACUCGAUGGCAUCGAAGUUUCCCGCUCUCAAGGUUGCAACAACUCUUUCUCGAGAGGUUUAAGAGAAGAGAGAGUAAUCUAUCUUCAUACCCUCGGUUUGGAUUCGGCAAAGACAAAAUCAAUGGUACAUACAAACCGGUUAGGUUAUGUAACUCUUCUGAAUUAGGCCUAGAAAACGCUACUACAUGUGAGGUCUUUGAUUUUAGCACCAACGCUUGGAGGUACAUUACUCCUUCUUCUCCUUAUCGGGUUCUUGCUUCCACGGAUCCUCUGUAUUUUUAUGGAUCGCUUUAUUGGUUAACCGAAGAGAAAGAAACAAAAGUUUUAUCUUUGGAUCUUCAUACUGAAACUUUUCAAAUCAUCUCUAAACUUCCUUCUGUGGACGCAACUCUCGAAACAAUCAUCAUAUGCAACCUGAACAACCGCUUGUGCGUAUCGAUUUAUAAUCCGACCGAACAAGCGAUAUGGUCGUUCAAUUCAGAGACCAAGACUUGGGAACCCAUAUAUUCGAUAGUGAGUGGUCUUACUCCUUUAUUUCCACUAGCAAUCCUGGAGAAGAACAAGCUUCUUUAUUCUGCUGUAUAUGGUACACGACUGUUCAUGUAUGAUCCCACAACCAAAUCUCUGGAUUCCCUUCUCAAAGACGGCUCUUCACUUGGAUUUCUGGCUUGUUAUGUCAAGAGUUUAAUCUCUAUUUUGUAA